UGUCAUCACACUUCCUGAUCUAGCUGGUACAAAUCAGAAGAGCUUCCUUAAUUUGGUCUAUAGCUCAGUGUACUCCUAACCAGCGACCAUGUCUUUUGUGGACACUCUGCGCCAGUGGGACACGGCUGUAACUUGUGUUGAAAGACAGGAUUUGUCACAGGCACUCAGGAUUUUCCUGGCUAUCCAAGAACCAAACUCCAAAAUUAGUUUUGACAUUGGCUGUCUCCAUCUUCUUAACCAAGACCUGGAUGCUGCUGAAAAGGCCUUUGAUUGCAGCAUACGCAAGGAUGAACAUUUGGCUGUUGCCUUCUUUCAAAGAGGAAUGACGUUUUACAAAAAGAAGAGGUAUGAAGAGAGUUUAGCUGACUUCCAGCAUGCCUUCAAAGCACUAAGAGGCAACCAGCUGAUAGAUUACAAAGCACUUGGUCUCAGAUACAAAUUAUAUGCAUGUGAGGUUCUGAUCAAUGUGGCUCUGGCUGAGGCUCAGCUGGGUCACUGGGAAAAAGCCCAUGAAAGCCUUGUGAAGGCUCUCAACUACAAGACAGAUGCCAAGCUCAACAUCAUCGACAAAGCCCUGGAUUCCGCCCUGAAACAGAAACUUUUCAAGCCAGUCGAGUUCCCAUCCAAAGUGCUGUUUAAACCAAAUAAGCACUAUGUUGCUGAGUUGGAGAAGAAGGACUACCUGGGCAAAGCAAAGGUUGUUGCCUCGGUCGUGCCUCAGGAUGCCUUCUCUGGAUUCGCCCCACUACAGCCACAGGUUGAAGACGGUCCAACUCGUCCAAAAGAACCUGAGGUUCUAAGGGCUUUAGAAGGAGAACCCCACACUGUGCUGUUUGAGUUUGUUCCUGAGACCAGUGAUGAGUUGGCUGUAGUGCCGGGCAAUAUUGUGUUUGUACUGCAGAAGGGUGCCGACAACUGGGCAUCUGUGAUCUUCAAUGAAAGAAGGGGACUUGUUCCGUACAAUUACCUGGAACCUUUGGAGAUCCAUUUGGCUUCUAAACAGAAUGAGGGAGUAUCUCAGCCUCCAAGUCGAAAACCACCGACCAGACCUGAAAGGAAACAAGGUCUUACUCCUAGUGGGAGCAGCAGUGGAGACACAAAACGAAAGGAAGAACACAAACAGCCUACUGACAACUCAUAUAUUGUCAAAGUCCGUUUCACAUUCAACUUUGCUGUCUCAGUACCACCCGGGUCUCCCUAUGCAAUACUGAUUGAGAAAAUCAGUAAGAAACUGAAUCGCCCUCCUACUGCAAUCACCUUGAGUUUAACCUCCGAGGCAACGGAACAAAGUAUAAUCAAUGCCAGCACAGAAAUGGAAAGUGUGUGGAGUCGUGCCAGUGGUGUGCACAUCACUUUGUGGUGCACCACCACAGAGGUAAGUAAAUGGUGGUCCCUUGUUGUAAUACAGUUACUCAGGCUAAUAUGGGUAUUGAUAUUGUUAUGAAUAUUUGAACUUGCUUAGUACUUUCAUGAUCUUCCUGAUAAAUGGCAUUCAAGAUUUUUCUGAUUAGAUUUUUGUCAGGGUGGCAAAGCAACAUUCAGACUAUUGAAGCUCUUCAUUAUGCACUGACAUGUGAGUAACCUCACAGAACUAACAGAUGGGUUUCAUCCUCAAUCAUGGAGGUCCUGACAUUUUUUUAUUUUUUAUUAUAGGAGUACUUUAUGUUAGUACUCCGUGUUGGGUUAUGGGCUUCCUGUACGUAAAAGUUAUACAAUGAACUAUAAAGCCAGUGCAAAUCACCCUGAAGAAGGCCGCUUUGUGCCAAUACACCUGGGUUGCUGCCCAGUUCUAUUUUUAAUGUAAGAUUUAGAUAUGAAAUAGCUAUUUAAAUACAGGCUUUUUAAUUUUUUCACAAGAAAAGUGCCUUGGACCUUUUUUCUCUUUUGAAGUUUUGUGUUCCCUUUCCAAAGAGCACCUUCAUGAUUUGUUUUGAACUUCCGAGUACUAGACUUUUCUUCUUAAGUCCCUUGAGUUGUGAUGAAAAUUAUGGAAAAUGAAGAUAUGUCUAAAGCAUUACAAGAGGCUAAGGGACGGGCAAUGUUUGACUGAUUAAUGGCUGGCUAACAAAGUGAGGAAAAAGUAUCCAUUUACUUCAUUCUUUUUUCGUUUAUUUACUUCUUUUUUUUUUUUUUUUUUUACUUCAGUUUCCUGCUGUAUACUUUCUGCUACUAAAUGAUUGUAUUUAUUUUAAUUUAAGUAAUGUCUUGUCAGUUUUUAGUUAAUUACUUAUCAUCCAUCUAUUUCAGUAAUGUCAUGCUGUUUGAUUUGUUUUUGUCUUGUAAUUUGACAGCGAUGAGCCUUCAAAUGACGGGACA